AAUUAAAUAAAUGAAAAAAGAAAAAUUUAAAAAAUCCAGCCAAUAGAAUUAUAACGUUUUUCCUGAGAAGUUCUAUAUGAGUGCCACCUCAGCAAAAAUCACUAAAGUGACUUCUCUUUUAAUGUAUAGGGGGAUCAGACGCGCUUUUAUAGGAAGUUAUAACAUGAAGAAAAAAAACAUUAAGCUCAUAUUGACAUGCUUCACUAGUCUUCUGUGUAUUAACAUGUAAAAUUUUUGAUUAUCAGAAUGUUUCAUUUUUAUUCGUGCUUUGCUGUUUUAGUCUAGUUGGAUCAUCUUAAACUUAUGAUAUACUUUGAUAAUUUCCAACAAAUGUCCUGACAAAAAGAAAUAUAGUGUUUUUUUGGGCAACAAAGACAUAUAGUUAAUUCCAUAAACUAUUUAGCGAAAAUUUUGAUUAACUCUUCGGUUAUACUUGAAUUAAUUAUUUGUAAUAUAUAUAUAAAUAUUAAUUGGUUGUGUAUAAUUUGUGUGUGUGUGUGUGUGUUUUUGUAAAUUGUCACCAGCUAGUAUGCAAAAUAACCUAAUUAUGUUUGUCGUGGAGCUUAAGUUGGGCAAUGGAGCUAAAUAACAUACUAUCUCACUUUUGUUGCCAAACAAUAAUAUUUCUCAAUUUAACUGGCAAUAGACUAUGAGGUGGAAAUGAAUUUUCACAUGUGUUGCAAAGAGUACGAGAAGAUAGAUUAAUCAGAAAAUCGAAAACAGAUCAUAAUCCUCUGGCCCAGGGAUCACUGGAAACUAAUUAUUUAGUCUGAUAAACAUCUUACAUUAGAGAAUAAGUCAAUUAAACACAUCAUUCAUUUACUAAUCACUAGUCCAAUACAUAAUUACUCUUCCUUUUUCCAAGAACUUUUCAAAGCUGCUAAACAAGUAAACCAUCUCCUCUACGGCUCCAUUCACAUUUGUUCCUGUAUUAUUAACACUUCUUCUUUUCUUUCUUAAAUCAUGUCUGACAUCAUAGUAUUAUUUAAUUCUUCUAGAACAUUGACAAACCAGGGAUCUAGUAAGGAAUCAGUACAAUACAUUAGAUCUUAUAUACAACAGCUGUAGCUGCAACAAAUAACAGUAACUUCCUAAUACAGAGAGAUCGUAAUAUGGAAGCUGAAUAUACGGAGAUCACAAUAAUAUCUCUUAACAUAUAGUUUCACGGAAAUCAACAGAAGCCAGUUGUUCAGCGAUCUCUUGCUUCUUGUUCUCAUUCUAUAGCAAAUAAAAUACAGAAACCACUCAACAAAACAAAAUGAUACGUUGAAAGUCGUCGUCGAAGUUAAAAAAAAAUAUUUUUAAAACGAAGAAACACUCGUUCCUCUCCCUUGCUAAAUCAAAUGAUAUAAUUACUCAUAACAAUUCGACAUUGUGUCUCUCUCUCAGAUUCUUUAUCGUAUAGUUCUAAAUCUUCAUUCUUUCAUUCUUUUCUCUCAUCAACAUCCCUUUUACAGAUAUUUUCAGACAGAGAGACAAUGGCGGGAGGUCGGAUAAGGAGAAGACUACACCUAAACAACAUCUACGCCUUCACAUGUCGCAAAUCUACAUUUCAAGAAGAUCACUCACAGAUCGGAGGACCAGGCUUCUCUCGAGUUGUCUACUGCAACGAACCCAACUCUCCCACCGCCGAACGUCGUAGCUACGCCGGCAACUACGUCCGGUCAACGAAGUACACUCCCGCCUCCUUCGUACCCAAAUCUCUCUUCGAGCAGUUCCGCCGCGUCGCCAACUUCUACUUCCUCGUCACCGGAAUCUUGUCGUUGACCCCGCUCUCUCCCUACGGCGCCGUCAGCGCUCUCUUACCUCUCGGCUUCGUCAUCGCCGCGAGCAUGGUCAAAGAAGGGAUCGAGGACUGGGGGAGAAAACGACAGGACAUAGAAGUGAACAACAGGAGAGUGAAGGUUCACGGCGGCGGAGACGAUGGGAUAUUCCGGGAAGAGGAGUGGAGGGAGCUUAGAGUUGGAGAUAUAGUGAGAGUCGAAAAGGACGAGUUUUUUCCGGCGGAUCUUUUGCUUCUGUCGUCGAGCUACGAAGACUCGGUUUGCUACGUGGAGACGAUGAACCUCGACGGUGAAACGAAUCUGAAAGUGAAACAGGGCUUAGAGGCGACUUCGUCGCGCUUACACGAAGAUUCCGAUUUUAAAGAGUUUAAAGCCGUCGUGAGAUGCGAAGAUCCCAAUGCGGAUCUUUAUACUUUUGUCGGAACGUUACAUUUGGAAGAACAGAGGCUUCCUUUGUCUGUUCAACAGCUUCUUCUUCGAGAUUCGAAGCUUAGGAACACAGAGUAUGUUUAUGGAGCUGUUGUCUUCACUGGACACGACACAAAGGUGAUUCAAAACUCAACUGACCCUCCAUCAAAGAGAAGCAGAAUCGAGAGGAAAAUGGACAAGAUCAUCUACAUGAUGUUCAGCAUAGUGUUUCUGAUGUCUUUCAUCGGAUCAAUCAUCUUUGGAAUCGAGACAAGAGAGGACAGAGGAGGAAAAACAGAGAGAUGGUACUUGAAACCAGACAAUGCAGAGAUCUUCUUCGAUCCAGAGAGAGCUCCAAUGGCUGCCAUCUACCAUUUCCUCACCGCGGUUAUGCUUUACAGCUACUUCAUCCCCAUCUCUCUCUACGUCUCUAUCGAAAUCGUCAAAGUUCUUCAGAGCAUUUUCAUCAACAACGACAUUCUCAUGUACUACGAGGAGACUGAUAAACCCGCGCACGCUAGAACAUCGAAUCUCAACGAAGAGCUUGGGAUGGUGGACACGGUUCUGUCGGAUAAAACCGGAACACUGACUUGCAACUCCAUGGAGUUUAUCAAGUGUUCUAUAGCUGGGACGGGUUACGGACGAGGUGUGACUGAAGUUGAAAGAUCUAUGGCUAUGAGAAGCGGCGGUUCGGCUUUGGUUGAUGAUUUGAACGUUGUAGCCGACCGUUCUGGUCCUAAGAUCAAAGGGUUUAACUUCCAGGACGAGAGGGUUACGAAAGGGAACUGGGUUAAGCAACGAGAAGCAGCGGUUUUGCAGAAGUUUUUUAGAGUGUUAGCUGUUUGUCACACGGCUAUACCUGAAACAGAUGAAGCCACCGGGGCCGUCUCUUAUGAGGCUGAGUCUCCUGACGAAGCUGCUUUUGUUGUCGCGGCUAGAGAGCUCGGGUUUGAGUUCUUUAGCCGCACGCAAAACGGGAUAUCAAUCCGUGAGUUGGAUCUUGCAACAGGGCAGAGAGUUGAAAGGUUUUUUUUUUAUAUAUCUUUGCGGUUUCUUGGAGCUCAAGGAAAUGAACAUUUUUUGUUUUGUUACAGGGAAUAUCGGAUACUAAACGUUCUUGAGUUCAACAGCGCGAGGAAGAGAAUGUCUGUGAUCGUGCGUGAUGAAGAUGGGAAGCUUCUGUUACUAUCUAAAGGAGCUGACAAUGUAAUGUUUGAAAGACUUGCAAAAGACGGGCGUAAAUUCGAAGAGAAAACACGAGAGCAUGUUAAUGAAUACGCAGAUGCAGGUCUACGGACAUUGAUACUUGCUUACCGCGAGGUUGAUGAGGAAGAGUAUGUAGAAUUCAGCAAGAACUUCAAUGAAGCUAAGAGCUCGGUGACUGAGGAUCGUGAGAGCUUAAUAGAUGAGAUCACUGAUCAGAUGGAACGCGAUUUGAUUCUCCUUGGUGCUACUGCUGUUGAGGACAAACUUCAAAAUGGGGUUCCAGAUUGUAUAGACAAGCUUGCUCAAGCAGGGAUAAAGAUCUGGGUUCUAACCGGAGACAAGAUGGAGACAGCAAUCAAUAUUGGAUUUGCAUGUAGUUUACUUAGACAAGAGAUGAAGCAGAUCAUCAUAAAUCUUGAGACGCCACAUAUCAAAGCAUUGGAGAAAGCUGGAGAGAAAGAUGUGAUUGAACAGGCAUCAAGAGAAAGUGUGGUGAAGCAAAUGGAGGAAGGAAAAGCUCUAAUCACAAGAGGACCAAGCGACACAGACUCUCAUGAGGCAUUUGCGUUGAUCAUUGACGGGAAGUCACUAACGUACGCCCUUGAAGAUGAUUUCAAGAACAAGUUUCUUGAUUUAGCCACAGGAUGUGCCUCUGUUAUUUGCUGCAGAUCAUCACCCAAGCAAAAGGCAUUGGUUACACGGUUGGUCAAAAGUGGAACUGGGAAGACAACGUUAGCUAUUGGAGAUGGAGCAAACGAUGUUGGAAUGCUUCAAGAAGCAGAUAUAGGUGUUGGAAUAAGCGGUGUUGAGGGAAUGCAAGCGGUUAUGUCUAGCGAUAUAGCCAUUGCUCAGUUCAGAUACUUGGAACGUCUCUUGCUCGUUCAUGGUCACUGGUGUUACAGCAGAAUCUCAUCAAUGAUAUGUUACUUCUUCUACAAGAAUAUCACUUUUGGUGUGACCUUGUUCUUAUACGAAGCCUACACAUCUUUCUCUGCUCAACCAGCAUAUAACGACUGGUUUCUAUCGCUUUUCAACGUCUUCUUCUCUUCGCUUCCCGUCAUUGCUCUCGGUGUUUUUGAUCAAGACGUCUCAGCUCGCUUCUGCUACAAGUUCCCAUUGCUAUACCAAGAAGGAGUUCAGAAUCUUCUCUUCAGCUGGAAGAGAAUCAUUGGCUGGAUGUUCAAUGGACUAAUCUCGGCUCUCGCCAUUUUCUUCAUCUGCAAGCAAUCCCAAGAACACCAACUCUACAACCCUAACGGCAAAACCGCCGGCCGGGAAAUCCUCGGAGGGACAAUGUACACUUGCGUAGUAUGGGUGGUCAAUCUCCAAAUGGUUUUAGCUAUAAGCUACUUCACUUGGGUCCAACACAUUGUAAUAUGGGGAUCAGUUGCUUUAUGGUACAUCUUCCUCAUGAUCUAUGGAGCUAUCACUCCCACCUUCUCCACAGAUGCUUACAAAGUCUUCCUCGAAGCCUUAGCUCCAGCUCCAUCUUACUGGCUUACCACUCUCCUUGUGAUGAUCUUCGCUUUGAUCCCUUACUUUGUCUUCAAGUCGGUUCAGAUGAGAUACUUCCCCGGUUACCAUCAAAUGAUUCAGUGGAUCCGGCACGAGGGUCAGUCUAACGAUCCUGAGUUUGUGGAAAUGGUUAGGCAAAGAUCAAUUAGGACGACGACGGUUGGUUCCACUGCGAGAAGAGCCGCUAGUGUACGGCGUUCCGGUAGGUUUCACGAUCAGCUCAAUAAGAACACCAUUGCUAUCUCAAGAGAAGAGAAAUAGAAAUGUCUCAGUGUUUGUGACUAUAUACUUUGUACAUAGAGGUACAACUUGGUGAAAGCUAGGUUUCUAUAUUCCUGAGAUGAAAUACAUUUAUAUUGUGUAUGUAACAUUUUUGAUGUAUAGAUUUCAUUUUGUCUGAUUCAAACUAACCAAAGUACCAAACAAUUUGUUUUUUUCACCAAGCUUUUUUGUUUUACUGA